AUUAUUUGUUUUAUUCUCUGUUAAACCCCCAAGAAAAGUUCAGUUUGUCUGCCUUACUUCCUCUCUCUCUCUCUGUCUCUUUCUUUGUUGUUGGUGGUAGCGAGAAUCUAUUUUCUCUGGGUGCUCUCUGUAUCGUGAUCAUCGUCGUUGGAGUUGCUAACUUCACAUUUUCAGCAGAAUGGAUAUUCCACAAGAAGAAGUAGGUGGAGCUUGGGGGCUUCCCUUUGGAUUUGGUCGCCACACUGAUGCCUCUUUCUUCUCCACUUCUUUACCUCUUCUUUCCCAUGCAACACUGCAAUCAAGUGGCAGCAGAGAUGGUUUCUCAUUCAAAGAUGAUGAUGCAGCUGCUUCUCGUCCCAACAAGUUUCAGGACAUUGAGUCUCAUCAUCAUCACCCCUUUGGAAACAUGCUCCCUGAUGAAGACGAUCUUCUGACAGGGAUGAUGGAUGAUCUCGACCUUACCGAGUUACCAGAUUCUGCUGAUGACUACGAUCUGUUCGGCAGUGGAGGAGGGAUGGAACUUGACACUGAUUCUCGUGACGGCUUGAGCAUGAGUUGGGGUCAUCCCAGGUUAUCCAUUCCAUUUCCAACCCUCCCGGUUCCUCAAUUCAAUGCAACAGUUGCUGGUGAGCAUCCUUAUGGUGAACAUCCCUCCAGGACAUUGUUUGUCCGGAAUAUUAACAGUAAUGUAGAGGACUUUGAGCUCAGGACUCUCUUUGAGCAAUACGGUGACAUUAGGACGCUCUACACUACUUGCAAGAAUAGGGGGUUUGUCAUGAUAUCUUAUUAUGACAUCCGUGCUGCUGGAAUGGCUAUGCGGUCGUUACAGAACACGCCUUUAAGACGUAGAAACUUGGAUAUUCACUUCUCUAUUCCUAAGGACAAUCCAUCUGAGAAGGAUAUGAAUCAGGGGACGUUAGUGGUUUUUAACCUGGAUCCUUCCAUGACCAAAGAUGACUUGUAUGUAAUAUUUGGUGCUUAUGGAGAGAUCAGAGAGAUAAGGGAAACACCGCAGAGGAGGCAUCACAAGUUCGUAGAGUUUUAUGAUGUUAGAGAUGCUGAAGCAGCAUUGAAGGCUUUGAAUAGGUGUGAGAUUGCAGGAAGACGUAUAAAAGUUGAACAUAGUCGCCCUGGAGGAGCUCGCCGAAGCUUGAUGUUGCAACUCAACCAAGAAUCUGAGAACGAUGAUUUGCAUUACGUACCACUUUUUAGUAGUCCUACAAGGAACAGCCACAUGUCCGGUUUGGCUUCUGGUCUAAACUCACAAGCACCAGUCUCCAAGCUUGCACCCAUCGGUAGAGGUCAGACUAGUAGCAGCAACGUCUUCCAACAGCCGUCUCAUUUGAUCCAAGAGACAAAGAUGGAUAACAAGUACUACGCUGAGAAUCUUUCCCCUUCUGGUCCAUUGAUCUCAGAUGGAGGUGGCAUUGAGACGUUAUCAGGAUCAGAGUUUCUCUGGGGAAGUCCUAACUCACGCUCUGAACCUCCUUCAAACUCCUCGGUUUGGUCAACAUCAUCCUCAGCUCGUGUACACCAGUCUGUUCCUCAAAAUCUCAGCCAUCAUCAUAAUGGGUCUGCGCCAUCUAAUGUUCCUCUUGAAAAGCAUUUUGGGUUUUUCCCAGAGUCUUCAAAGGACACUAUGUUCAUGAACUCUGCUGGUCUUCAAGGAAUGGGUCUCAACGAUGGAAGCUUCCAGUCAAAAAUGGCAAAUCAUGGGAUGAUGAACUCCUCCGGAGGUGUGGUGGUGAAGUACAGACUGGUGUCUUCACCAAGAGUCAUCAGGGGCCCCAUGCUCUUAAAUUCGGGACGGUUCACCUCUGGCUUUGAUGGUGUGUAUGUGAAUGGUCGUAGAGUGGAAUGCCAGGUGGAGAUCAGGAAGCAGUUUCAGCUUGAUUUGGAGAAAAUUAUGAAGGGAGAGGAUUCUCGGACUACCUUGGUGAUCAAGAACAUUCCAAAUAAAUACACCUCAAAGAUGUUGCUAGCGGUGAUUGAUGAAAAGAACCAAGGAAGCUACGACUUUCUGUACCUGCCCAUUGAUUUUAAGAACAAAUGCAAUGUUGGCUAUGCAUUCAUAAACAUGCGCUCGCCAGAUCUCAUCAUUCCAUUUUACGAGGCUUUUAACGGGAAGAAGUGGGAGAAGUUCAGCAGUGAGAAAGUAGCAUCAUUGGCAUAUGCUCGGAUACAAGGAAAAGCUGCCCUUAUAUCCCAUUUUCAGAACUCAAGCUUGAUGAAUGUAGACAUUGGUUGCCGUCCAAUCAUCUUCGACACACCUAACAGUUCAAACUCUGUUUCACAAGAGUAAAGAAGACUCCGGUGUGGUGAUUUGGGGCUCUCUUUUUUUUCUUGUUUAAGUACUAAUUUCUUAACCGUACAUAUUGGUGAAAAGGCGGAGUUAACUGAUGCAGAAAAGCCUGCAAAGUGUUGUUUUUUUAUUUGCAGGUUUUUAAAUACUGCAGCUGGAGUACCUUACCUACUCCUGUUUUUCUUUUUGUUUUGGGUUAUGUUUCAUGGAGUAUGUGUGUAUUAAGAAACCAUGAAUACUCCUUUUUAUGUGGAUACUAUUAUUAUUAUGUUGUAA